UGUACCACGUGGUGUCCCGUGUCUUCUGCCCUUGACUAGCAUGUCUAUGGCUCAACAAUGUCUGCGAACAAAAUUACUGGUGGUAAAACUAUUGAUAUUGUAAAGAAUCUACCUCGUAUAAACCUCGCCAAUCUUCGACCAAACCCGGGAUCUACGAAAAAUGAGACACGAAGAGGUCAUGGCAUGCACGGGGGUAAUAAAAGUGGACGGGGUCAUACAGGUGAGCGGCAGCGUGGUAACAGACCCCGACUGGGCUUCGAAGGCGGACAGACACCCUUCUACCUGGUAAUCCCAAAAUAUGGCUACAAUGCGAAUCACAGUCGUCGACCGCAGUACCCCCCGCUCUCCCUGCGCAAACUGCAGUAUCUUAUAGAUUUGGGCCGUAUUGACACCACAAAGCCCAUCGAUCUGACUCAACUGGUCAACAGCAGAGGGGUUGCGAUCCAGCCGCUGAAACGAGACUAUGGCAUCCAGCUUGUCGAUGAGGGUGCUGAUAUAUUCUGUGCAAAAGUUAACCUGGAAGUUCAGGUUGCAUCAGAGAAAGCCAUAGCUGCCAUUGAGCGAAACGGGGGUGUGAUUACAACAAGCUACUACGAUCCCCGUAGCCUACAGGUCCUCAUUAAACCAGUGCCCUUUUUCAUAUCUGGACAACCCAUACCCAAGCGCAUGCUUCCCGGUGAAGACCUUCUUCCAUACUACACAGACGCCAAUCACCGCGGCUACCUCGCCGACCUGGAUCAAGUCCAAGCUGCGCGGCUAGCCCUGGCUAAAAAGUACGGCUACAGCUUACCUGACAUCGCAAAAGAUGAACUCUUCGAUAUGCUGGCGCAAAGAAAGGAUCCUCGUCAGAUCUUUUUCGGGUUAUCGCCCGGAUGGGUGGUUAACAUGGAAGAUAAGAAGAUCCUCAAACCCACCGACGAGAAAGUCUUGCAGUAUUAUGGCUCUUAAUGCUGAUGGACUUAAUAUAUAUCUGUGUAUAUAGAGUGAAAGCGUUUCAAGAAUUGUUUGAAUUCAUUGUCUAUAAUAAACAUUCGAUUCCACA